AUGAUAUUUUCUGAGUCAGAUUCUCCACUUGUCACUAUACAAGGACAACAGUACACAUUAAAUGAAGGGGAGAAUAAACAGUUUGCCUGUACAGUAGAUAGUAAACCGAUAUCAAAGAUAACUUGGUACCAUGAAGUCAGCCUGAUAUCUCAAGAAACACCAACAAGUGGUAUCUCGAGACUCAGUUUUACACCAAUCAACAGAACACACUAUGGUAGUUAUUCGUGUAAAGCAGAUAAUGGAAUAGAAACAGAACAACAGGAUCAGAUUUCCAUUACUGUAAAAUUUAAACCUCUUACAACUACCAUAACUGGAAACAACAACAUUAUUGCCAAUGGAAAAACAACAUUAACGUUAGACUGCACGUCUGGAAGUUCUAACCCAAUAUCUGACAUCACAUGGACAAUAAACAAUGUUAUUACACAGGCAACACAGAAUUUGUCAAAUCAGAGUGGAGAAUAUGGUGGUAUUAAACGUCGACAGAGAUUAAUACUGACUCCAACACGCGACAAUGAUGGUGAUAUUAUUUCAUGUGAAGCUAAAAAUACUUUAGGGACAUCUAAUAGAAAUGAAGAAACUUUGGAUCUUAGAUACCGCCCAUUAAUUAAGCCAAUGUCAGAUGUUAUUGUUGUUGAAGGAAAUAACACUGAGCUAAUAUGUGCUGCAUCUAGUAAACCAGCUUCAACAUUCAAAUGGUACAAACAAGGACAAGAAGACCAGAUCUUACAUCAAGGAACUGGGACAAUGGAGAAUAAUAAAUUAUCAUAUCCUUUAACAAAUGUGAGAAGAGGUGAUGCUGCAACAUAUACAUGUAAUGCCAAUAAUGGAAUAGAAAAGGCUGACAGCAAAAAUGUUCUCCUAACAGUAUAUUAUCCUCCAGAUGUCUCAGCAACAACAACAAACACAACAAUCAAUGCUGAAAAAGUCAUUGUUACAUGUAACGCACAUGGUGUACCAGACACUAGUUAUACAUAUGGUAAAUGGGUUCAAACUUGGCCAGGAUACGAUACACCUAUAUCAGAACAUAGUGGAAGUGAGAGACUAGAGCUUACAGGUUUAACAUAUGAACACUCUGGAAUAUACACAUGUACAGCUAGUAAUGGCAUUAGAGUAUUUGGCACAAACCAGGAAUAUAAGGAAGGAUCAGUACAUUUGGUUGUGAAAUCAUAUCCAAUCAUAACCAAUUUUAGUGAAAUAACAUCAUCAAAGCUUAUGGAAAAUGCCACUAAUGACGUUUACUAUUUCUCAAAUGUGGCAGGAUCUAAUGUUACAAUUUAUAGAAAUGUGAAUGGAUCAAGGCAGGAAGAUGUUAAAUAUAGUGUAACAGAGACAAAUACACAAGUUAAUUUAAAAGUUUUUGGACAUUCCAUUAAAACAGCAGGAGUUCGUGCGAGACUUUCAAUACAUGUACAAACAAAAGAUGCCAUUGGAAGCUAUGAUGUUGUUGUGUCAAACGAAAUAAACUCUACUGUACGGUCAUUUGAAAUAGUGGCUAAAGGGCCACCGACUUUACCUUUUAACCUUACAAUUGACAAUGUGAAUUUCAAUGAGGCCCGUUUGUCAUGGCGACGAGGAUACCAUGGAGGCUUUCCCCAAACUUUUGUGAUUAAGCUUAGUACAGACCAAAAAUCAUGGAAAGAUGUUGAAGUAUUUGAUGGAAAAACUGAAUCAGAUGAAAUGAUUUCUAAACGGCUGUCAGGUUUAAGUCCUUCAACAACAUAUUUUGUUCGGAUGUACUCUUUCAAUCGAGAAGGAAAUAGCACUGCAACAAGCAGCCUUAAUUACACUACAUCUUCAAAAAUAGAAACAAAAGGACUCAACAUAGGAGCUAUAAUUGGAGGGGCUGCAGGUGGAAGUGCUGCUUUAAUAACUAUUUUAGUAUUUGUACUCCUGAUGCGAAGAGGAACCUUUGCUAAAUGCAAAGCAAAGGGUCAUGAUGGAAAGAGUGAUAGAAAACCUGUUUAUGAGGAUGAAGA